CCCGAGGUAUCAAAAUAGAUUUCACAGAAAUAUUUUCCUUAUCCAAUGGGUGGAAGUGAGUUUUAGGAAACAGCUUACAAAAAUACAAACCCCUAAACUUAAGCCAAACCACAUACCCACCCACCGUACCCUCCACUAAGGUAAAAAGCUAGUGGGUACACAGUACAGAUACGUACACCAUCUAGUGGCCCAUUGUUCAAUAAAGGUUUUAGAAGCAUUAUGUUUUAAAAAAUAAAAAUUUGAUAAUUAGGUUGAAAAAUGUCACCACUUAUUUCUCUUUCUCCCCCAAAUGCAGAAACAACAGACAACAAGUCUAUAGGACUCUUUUACUUAUGAGAUUUAUAUGAAGACUUGGUUUAUAGAUUUGGAGAAUUGCUAGAGUACAUAAAAGUUUGAUUUUUAUAAAUGAGGAAGCUCAAUGAUUAUCUCAUCCAUAACCCCUGACCCUCAUUCUAGAGAUGAAGAAAACUAAAGAGAGUAAACAAAUGACUUAUCCAAAGAUACAGGGAGUUAGUGGCAGAGCUAGUGUUAGAGUUAAUUGCCAGAACCCAGGUCUCUUGGCUCUUAGUCAUAUUACAUUGCUUCCUUAUCCUGCAUUUUGACAAAAUUAAUUCCCCAGUUGACUGAGGACCUGUAUAUUAAAGUUUUAAAAAUAUAACAAUGAAGCCUUAAAUGUACUGGCAAUUUAAUGGCCUCAGUUGUCAUUUCCUAUCAUUCUGUAAAUGCUGGAGGCAUAGAUGUUGUGCUCUGGUUACAACUCUCACUAGUUAAGUGAGAUAUUUGACUUGACUUCUCUUCUAUCUAGUUAGUAGGGGCUAUGCAAGGUACAUAAUGAGGAUGCUUCCUAAAAGAAGGAAUCCAGUGGCUUUUAUUUUCCCUUCAGGAGGACAGUGGGAUGACCACCAUCCAGAAAAGUCUGAAAUCCUAAGAACAGCUGGAAGUCUUCGGAAAAACCACCCCUGAUUGGUUCACUAUGUUGAGCUGUGACACUUUCAAUGGUACCAAGAACAGUGAGGACCAACUCCUCUGCCAUGACUUCCACCUCAUCCUCUCCAUCUUCUCCCUCCUCUACCUCAUUAUCUGCUUUCCGAUUGGCCUUUGCUACAAUGCUCUGCUGGUCCUGGUCAAUCUGUACAACAAGGCCACUAUGACUAUGCCCGAUGUUUACUUUGUGAACAUUGCCAUUGCGGGCCUCAUAAUCAAUGCUGUGGCACCAAUAUACCUUCUUGGACCAACCACCACCAAGUGGGCCAUUUGGAGCUUUAACAGUGAGGUUUAUAUCACACUGCUGAUUUUGUUUAAUGUUUCCUCCCUCGUUAUCAUGUAUUCAACCACCUUGCUCAGCCUGGAUUACUACAUCGAGCGAGCCCUGCCCCGGACUUACAUGUCUAGCGUGUAUAACACCAAGCAUGUGUGUGGGUUCAUUUGGGGAGGGGCAAUGCUUACAAGCUUUUCCUCCUUGCUGUUCUACAUCUGUAGCCAUGUGUCCACCAAGCUCAUAGAGUGCUCCAAGAUGCAAAACAAGGAGGCGGCUGAUGCCAUCAUGGUGUUUAUCGGGUAUGUCGUCCCUGCCAUUGCUGUGCUUUAUGCCCUUGUGCUGAUUUUACGGAUACGGAAGGAGGCCACCCCCCUCGACCACGAUACUGGACGCCUGGACCCUUCUGUGCACAGGCUUCUGAUUGCCACAGUGUGUACACAAUUUGUGCUGUGGACACCUUACUACCUAACUCUCCUGGUGAACACUUUCCUUGUCUCACAGGGAAAACUCACGGACGAGCACCACGUGCGGAUAUUGCAUUUCAUCAAAGAUCUGUCGAAAUUCUUAGCCUUCUCUAGCAGCUUUGUGAUGCCGCUCCUUUACCGCUACAUCAACAAAAAUUUUCCUGGCAAGUUACGGCGGCUGAUUAAAAAAAUGCACUGUGGGCAUCAGAGAUGCUCUCAUGACCGAGCAACAGUACAGCAGGUGAUGACGUAGGGAAUGAGAAGCUCUGGAGGAGUGCAAGCCAGGUCCUAGCACAAGCCUGCUGCUUCUUACCAAGAACCUUCUUAGAAGCUCUUCACAUUGAUACUGGAAGGGGGCUGCUAUUCUUACUGACCGAGGGAUGCUUGUUCUAACAGAGGUGGCACAGAAAUACUAACAAACCUCAGGCAGGUCAGAGAAGCUGGCAUUUGAGAGCACUUUCAAAGCACUGAGUCAGUAAGCUUGAGUUCUGCAUUUCUUCCCAGUUCUAGUAUCCUGGGAAGGGAAAUGACUAAAAGGUAAACUGAAGUUUUGAUUGGAUAUAAAGCACUUUGUUACUUUGUCCAAGAAGAGGACAAUGCUAUGUUUUCUUCCUUAGAAAAAGAGAUGCAAUAAUUCUAAAUGGAAUAGUCUUAGUACUCUUCUCAACAUGCCCUGUGUGUCCUUACCAGGAUAGUCAAUCUCUGGCCAAGGCAAUGCUGAUCAAAGGAAUAGGCUGUCCAAACAGCCUGAAGUGAAAUAUAAGCUACACUAUUACUAAUUUAUCUGUUUUCUCCUUAAAAUGUGUACAUUUUGAAGUCUUUGUCAUUGAAGUAAUUUACUCAUUGUAAACCUUUUUCUAAAUUAGGCUUUUCCAAAUGAAGUCAUAAGAAUCUGGAAAUCCAGUAUUUAUACUUUGCUUGGUUAUAUUGUGAAAAUACUUGAUUCUUCACUAUUUUUCUUGAUUUUUUUAAAGGAAGCACAGAUAUUUAGUAAAAAUCCACUAAGUAUUAAAAUGAAGGAAAUAAUUACAAAAGUCUGAAUGAUGGUGGAAUGUACUUUUCAAAACUGAAGAAAACAAAAACAACAAAACGACAAAAAAAAACCAAAACCCCUACUACCUAAGGUCCACAUGUUCAUGAAACUCAGUUGUCUCUUUCCUUUUAACAAGUUGUAUUAAAUGUUGCAUAGGAAAAGCUCA